UCACCAAGGAUGCACGCGAAUCGAUCACGACCGAAUUGAUGCGCUUUGUGCAGCGCUUCUCCAGAGGUGGUGGACUAGGCUCACAGCAGGAUCACUCCUCACCAGUCACUGGAACACCAGUGGACGACACUCCUGGCGAGGGAGAUGCGAACGAUCGCGGCAACUACACCGUCCGUCCCUCCUCGCUCUUCUCCCUCGGCCAGAACUGCAAGCAGGUGAUGGAGAGGAUGCUAGGACUCGGCGAUGCCAGCCCGGUGAAAGUGAGCAACGUCCAAGCGCUAGGCGAGGAUCGCAUACGCAUCACGUUGACGGAGAAGGACCCGGCACCAGCUUACUUGGGCAAGGAAACCGACCCGUCGACCCUUGUCAUACUGAAGCUGCGCGGUCCGCUGCACGAGUUUGAUCAGAAGAAGGACCUGUUCCGCCUGCAGACUGCCGGCCUGCUGGGCUGCCCGCCCGACGCCAUCAGCUUCAUUCAGGCCACGCGCUCCGGCAGCGUUCGUCUUCUGGUUGCCAUGCCGACCAGCUGCUACGCACGUCUCCUGCAGCUGGCUCUCUUCCAGCCGUCCGUGCUGCGGGCCCUCGGCAUCUUCUGGCUGCAGCCCGUCUGCUUUCCGGCGUCCGUCAAUGUAGCUGAGGCUGUCGACGUGACCACCGUGACUAGCAUACUCGGCCGUGCGUGCUGCCGCACGAUCUGUGACAGCCUAUACGACGCGUAUCAGAUAAGUUCCGAUCAGCGCGUCGGCUUGUCCUCGCUCUCGCUGGUUUCUCACCUUCACGACCGGCUGCUCGACGCGCAGAUUCCUGCCGACAAGGUCGCCACGGCAACCAACGAAGCGCACGCCAAGCUCGCCCGUUGCCUGGACGACAUUCGGCAUGCAAGUCCCGACGGCGCGGACGAUGGCAGCGGGCAACACCGCCAGUGCAUUGCCGAACUCCUGGCACUGGAGUUUGAGACGGGACGAGCACACCACGGUGUUGAUAUAUCCGCUGUGGCAAAGACUGUGCUUCAAUCGUUCCUAGGGAGUCGUGACGUUCACCUUCUGUCGGCGUCAGCUCGAUCCACGGGAUCCAGUGACAACACGCACAGUGUGUCAUUCCUGCAGCUUGCUUCACCGUCAUACAGGCCUAUCAGUACAGAGGCCAAGGAGGCCCUUCGGCUCGACACGCACGCACUCAGCCAGGAUGCCGCUGCGGCUCUGUCCGCUAGCCUGGCCAAGUGCCUGGCCCAGCUCUGUGCCGUGCAGGCAAGCAACGUGUCCGUUCGCACGCUGCCGCGGCCUCAGGCCAGUGCUCAGCCCAGCUCUGCAACCAUUACCAGCACCGGCACCACCAGCACCGCCGCCAUGACGGGUGGGUCAGCUCCCGGACGAUUCCUUGCCAUUCUGCCGGCCAUGCUUGCACGCUACAUUGGCGAGCAGUGCCGCAAUAAGGACAGUGAGGUGUACAAGACUCUGGCACAGCAUGGCGUGUUGUCCGUUAAUCGCCUCCGUGGUCCGCAGAUAACGCUCUCUCAAUCUGGUGCAAGCCGAUCCUCCAUUGGCCAGUCUCUGCGCCGUGUCUUCUCCAGGCUCGGCAAGAAGAACACUUCCGGCCAAGAUGUUGUGGACGCUAUCUCGGCGCGGCGGGAGGAGAUCGUCAACUACCACUUCCCCUCGGUGACGACAGCUGCGCGGUUUCACCUGGCCGGACUGCGGACGGGAGACAUUGGCCAGCUGAACAUUGCAGUGGUGGGCAUGCAAGGUGCUGGUAAGAGUUCACUUGUCAAUAUGCUUGCGUCCGUGGUUAGUCAGAGUACGCAAUCACCGUGUCAUGUUGCCACCACAGCUAGCUCAGACGAAGGCUGCACUCGCUACGUGAGUCCAGGCUGGCAUUUCGGCGGUGUGUGCCUUGUCGACACCCCGCCCAUGGUCGUCUCAGACAAUGCCGAUGCUGCUGCUGUGGAGCUGGAGAUGAAACUGUGGGCGUACGGCGUGCUCGAGGGUCGUCUGAAUCACAAUGAGGACAUGCGCCAGCUGAGCGAUGAGCGGCUUUCCGAGAUCACUGAGUGCCGUGUUGAGGCGCGUCCGUUGGCUGAACAAAUCCACGGCCUCAUCAUCGUGAUUGACGAGGGGAAAAUUCCACUCAACGGCGACCUCAGUGCUAGCAACUACCCGAGAAUGCUGAAGGACUUCUACCGGAAGUUCACCAAAAACAGGCUGCGCUUCCGCGGAAUGGAGCCGCUGGUGGUGGUGACCAACUGUGCCAAGCAUCCGUCAGAGAUGUACAUUGAUGCCGUUGUGCAACUAUCGAGAGCCAUGCAUGGAUCGCGAUUCUUCCUCGACAAUCAGUUAGGAAAAGAUCGUCAGUAUUCUGAUUCCAUGCAGCUUGAAGCACUGGAAAUACUCUCUGUUGUCACAAACCAUGCUGAACUGUUCAUCCUUCGCCGCCAGCAACUUGAGAAGCAGCAGAGGGAAGACGCAACCAUCACGGAUUCCACCCCGUUAGACAUCAUGCUCAGCAAGACGCUGUCAAGCUACGGCUUCAACAAGAACAGGUUGCUAACGAUGGCACAGACACUGCAGUCGCGUGGUAUCAACAGCAAACGAGGCCUUCUCGACAGCUGGGGCGUUGCGCGAAGCGCCAUCGGCUCGAACACGGUCCUCUUCGACAAGCUUCAAGAGGAAAUGAGGCGACAGCAUGGACUGGUUCUUGCGCAGUGAGAUCUGUGUUUGGAAAUCACUGGCCAAGGUGUGCGAAGUGCUGCUAGUUAUUUGUGUGUGUGUGUGUGUGUGUGUGUGUGUUUGUGUGUGCGUGCGUGGGCGUGUGUGUGUGCAGUUUAUUCGUGUGAGCUCACGAUUAUCCGGCAAUUUCUCAAUUUGAGCCCAUGUAAGCGUUCCUGAGCAUGCCCGCCCGCGCGCGCACGUCCGUGCACACUGGUGGGUGUACACUGCGUGCUUGGCACUGCCGAGUUAACAUUAAAUUUUUACGCUCACUCAGUAAACACCGAGAGAAUGCGUCCGGUUCUCGCCACGUGCGCUUGCCACCACAGUUGAAGGAAAUGUGCUACACUGAGGUGUGCAACGUGUGCUUAGGAAUGGCUGUCCUCUCAGCGGUCUGCUUUGUGUUAUCACGUACAGCUGCGCGGUGUUAGUCGAUGUGGAGUUCUGAAGAAAAGCGCUUUGUCUGCCGUAACAUGAUUUGGUGUCCGUUGACUGCGAACAGGCUGGGCUUGGCUGCGCUUCUUUCUAUCUCUGUCGUCUCUAGGCUUGCCUGUUUUCAAACUUCCUCUGUAAAGAUGUUCAUUGCCAAAAUAAAUUAUAGUUAAAUGUAUAGACACUCACUCAUUAGACAUUCGUAGUUCCUAAGCCAGUAGACAGGUGCAUCUUACAAGUACAAUUUUCUUUCCUUUUCAAUAAUAUCACAAUUUAAAAGUUUUUCCUCGGACUUUUCUCGUUUGCGUCUUUCCGUCAAACCAAUGAAUACAGAUGUGUUUAUGAAAGAUUUUUAUAGGACGUUUCUUUCAAAUUUAUUUUAUUCCUUUUUAAUACUAGUAAUAUAAUGCAAAUUUCACUUUACACUCUUACAAUCUCCCCUCCAUUUCCCCUACAAUUCGUAUCUCUUUCGAUGAUGCAAAUUCUCUGAUUGUGUUAUCUCAGAAAUCUCUGCAAAAACCUUUAGGCAGCUGGAUUAUGUUUUAUUGAAAAUUCGAAUGUUUGAAAGUUUCCUCCCUAUCGGA